AUGGAAGAAUCCCUUGUGCCGAUAUACAUCAGAGACCUUGAAUACUACAUAGACGAUGGAAAUGUCAUCCUCCUCGUCGAGGCCACUCUUUUCAAGGUCCAUCGCUCGAUGCUCAUGAAGGACGAAUCAGUAUUCUGCGGAAUGUUUUCCUUGCCUUCUGAAAACAACUUCGAAUCAUCUGGGGCCUCCACCAUUCCGGUGGAGAGAUCUUCCAUGGACGGCCAGAGCGACGAGUCCCCAAUACGCCUGCCAGAGAUCACUGCAAGUCAAUUCCGUGCAUUGCUUUGGUCGCUGUAUGCACUGCCUGCUGACUUGGUAGCUACUGCAGAGACACAACCACAAGAACAUCGAUUCAUCGAUCUGGCGACGAUAUCGCACAAAUACCAGUUCAUUACAAUGGAAAAGUGGGCACUAAACACUUUGGUAGCGCUCUACAUCCAUCAGGGCUGCGCGUACGACAUGCUUGAUAGAUUGACUGCCGUAGCUGUCAUGUGCGAUUACAAGCCGUUAUUGGAUAUCGUCCUGGGCCAAUGGAGGCGAUCAAUUGGUGAGGGAUUUGGGCUACUCAAUGCUGCAGAGGUCUUUCAACGACACGGCCUACAUGAUCUCCUCGGAUUGACUUACCUCGCCCUUCUGCGCAAGAAACGACAUGAAUGGCCAGCCGAUAACAAACACGUUAUAAGACUUCUAAAUGGGUAUUACAAUCUUGUACAGGAAUGCAGCUCGUUGCCGAACACGCCCCCUCACUUUGAACACGCUACCACCUGCACAUCUGCCCCCCGUUGUGGAGAAAAUUGGAGAAAGACAUGGAAGCGCGUUAUCAUAGAGAUACACACCGGGAAGCUUGGAAAGGCAGCUCAGGUCUAUCGGUUUGACCUCCCGGGUCAAUUUUCCCUAGCGCUGAGCGUGUUCCAAGCCAUCGUCGACGAUUCUAUUCCGGAACAUGGGGGUCUGGACAAGAUGGUCAAAGAAUGCCGCUUAAACGCGUUGGAUGCGACAAGAACGAAGGCGAAGGAUGUGCAAGGCAACCUCAUUACCUAUUUUUCUGACUUGUAG